UAUAAUGCUUUUAAUUUGUAGUUAAAUAAUGAGGACUACUUCCGCAUUGAACCGCGGUUUUUUUGUUUGUUUGUUUUUUGUGAACUAGCUUGUUUUAAAAACUCAUUGCUAGCGCGAAUAAAUUCCGUUUGAAUUCAGUUGAAAUAAUUAUUUUAAUUCCUGGUCAUUUUUAGAGACUAAUUCGUGUGUUUUUAUUUUUAAAAUUGUUAUAGCCACGCCCGCUCUAAUCAACCGCAAGCUAACGGGCUAAUGCUGCCUUCAAGUGGUGUCGUAAUAAUGAUAAAUAACUGCUAUCUAGUCGAAAAUUGCAAUUUAACGUCCCCUCACGUCGUUUUUUUUUUACUGGAGAAGUGGGAAUAUAUUUUGAUACCAGAUUUUCCGAGAUAAAACAACCCUUUACCUUGUUGUAGAUGGGAAGAUAAUACAUUUUUAAAACGUAAAAAUUAUAACGUACUGUUAUAAAAAUCUUAAAUUUUGAACCAAGUGAUUUCAUUAUUUUGUUACAAGAGCUGUUUACAUUUUGAUGCAUUUCUCCUCUUUUUGUAUAUGAAUUAAAAGCUCAAGCAAUUUUGCCCACGCAUUAAAGCAAAAUGAAUUCCGUGUCCGUUUCAACAAAAGCACACGAACACGACCAACUCGUAAUUACCAAUUAGUAAGUUGUAAAGAAAUACUUACGUUUUUUUUUUCUUUAUUGAAAAUGUGUUGUUUUAGAAAUUUCUUUUACAGGUGUUUCCUUUUUUUUAUUUUCUGUUGCAAUACUUUGUUGCAUGACUCAUGCUCAUUCUCAUCUUUCCCAAAGCACUUGAAGGCAACAUAACCGCCUCCAAAAACCCCUAUUUAAACCACUUCCGGCUUCACUCCACCGAUAUUUUUAACCGUUACGUUUCAUAUCAUGCGCAUAACAACUCGGAAUAGUGUCACACAGCCACCCGUGACGUCUCUGUUAUCUAGCCCGCGAAGUGCAGCCACGCUCGGCUAGAGUUAGUUACACAACCCGAGAUGUUGGCACAACAAUGCGGCGCACAUGGCAGGAGGGGGCGGGUGGCGCUUGGCCCUACAACAUUGCUCCGUAAGCGGGUUCGACUGCACCUCGUCACCCCGUCUAAUGCGUCAUUCGGCUUUUAUUUCAAAGCGGCCACAAAUAAGCUUCUGCUCCAUGAAAAAAAUAAACACAAAGAGAAUGUGCAGUGGUUUUCAUGAGGAAGGCGAGUAAAAAACGCCCUCGCUCGCUGAUUGGCUGCCGCUGAAGGCAGGGCAGUGUAGUAUAAAUACUUGCCAAGUUGCUCUCCUCGUUCCUUCUUUUCGAGCUGCACAACAUUCACGGUUUCAAGUAUGGUGGUCUUCAGAACCCUCAGCAAGGUGGUCAAGCAGGCGACGACCGGCCCGGCUUGCGGCUGCCAGUCCUUGGCGGUGGCCGUCCGCGGCAUCAGUUUCUCGCCUCGCCAGGUGACGUCCGACGCCAGCUUUCACUCGGUGUCCUUCUCCGAGACGGACCACCCCAAAGUGCUCAUCACGGGUGGCCUGGGACAACUCGGGGUGGGGCUCGCCAAACUAUUAAGGAAACGCUUUGGAAAGAACAACGUGAUUCUGUCCGAUAUCAGGAAGCCGUCGAGCAACGUUUUCCACAGCGGUCCGUUCAUCUACUCUGACAUUUUGGACUACAAGAACCUACGUGAAAUCGUGGUCAACAACCGAAUCACUUGGCUGGUCCACUACAGUGCACUUCUCAGCGCCGUCGGCGAGGCUAACGUGGCGCUGGCCCGAUCCGUCAAUAUCACCGGGCUUCACAAUAUCCUGGACAUCGCGGCCGAGCACAACCUGCGUCUCUUCGUCCCAAGCACCAUCGGCGCCUUCGGACCCACGUCCCCGCGUGACCCCACGCCCGAUCUUUGCGUGCAGAGGCCCCGCACUAUCUACGGUGUCUCCAAAGUCCACGCUGAGCUCAUGGGAGAAUACUACCAUCACCGCUACGGGUUGGACUUUCGCUGCCUCCGCUACCCGGGAAUCAUUUCUGCCGACUCCAUGCCCGGUGGCGGCACGACAGACUACGCAGUCCAGAUCUUUCACGACGCCAUCAAGACGGGCAAAUUCGAGUGCUUCCUGCGGCCGGACACCCGGCUGCCUAUGAUGUACAUCGACGACUGCCUGCGUGCCACGCUCGAGGUGCUGGAGGCGCCAGCCGACACGCUCAGCAUGCGAACGUACAACAUCAACGCCAUGAGCUUCUCGCCUGACGAGCUGGUGCAGGAGCUGCGCAAGCACGUGCCGGAGCUGGAGGUGUCGUACAACGUGGACCCUGUCAGGCAGGCCAUUGCCGACUCCUGGCCCAAGAACUUCGACGACACCAACGCCAAGCGCGACUGGGCCUGGAAGCACGACUACGACCUGCCCGAGCUGGUGCAAACCAUGCUCAACUACCUUAGCGGCGACACGCGCAUGGCCCGCGCCAACUAGCGCUUCGGCUCAGCUAAGACACCUUUUUGUACAUAGUGUAUAGAAUGACCAAAGAGGGAUCGGAAACUAGGCGGCCCGUGUACAUAGUUCGCAGUUUUGGGCGUAUUGUUUCGCCAUGGCGGGGAAAACCAAACCCGUUUUUUUUUUUUUCGCUGCAUCACCAAGGAUUGCCUAACUCGGGUUGCAAAAUUCCGGGAAUUUUCAAAGCUGGAAACGUUCCAUGGGAAGUGACAUUGAGUGAGUUUAUCAUGUGUAGACGUCCAAUCCACUUGAAGUGGCUCCCCCUUCAAAUGGAUUGGACAUCUGUGGCUAACUUGUGUUCAUGCUAGGUCGAAGUUCUUUAACUUAUGAGUGCCUCACAAGUUUUUUGAUAUUUAGAGACGUUUCGUGCAACUAAAUUUUGAGGUAAUAAGAUGACACUGCUUGAAUACUAUAGGGAAAAAACUACUGUGAUGCGCUUACAUGUGCGCAAGCAAUGCUUGACAUUGAAAAAUUGACAUCAUAUUGACAUUCAUUCCCAUGGAAAGUCUCAAAUUUUGAAAAAUUCCAGAAAUAUUCCUGGAAAAACUGGUCAUGUUAAUGUGGCUAACAUUUAAAGUGAGUACCUUUUAAGGUUAAAGCAGCUAGCAAUCAUCGUUGUCGUGGGUAACUUGUUAAAGCUGCUAUUUCUUAACGUUAAUGUGGUUAGCUGUUAAUGUCAAUGCUGCUAAAUUGUGGUUUGCAAGCGGUGGCUAACUUGCAGACGAACAAGCCGGCGGCUAACUUGCGGACGAGCAAGCGGCGGCUAACUUGCGAACGAACAAGCCGGCGACUAACUUGCGGACGAACAAGCCGGCGGCUAACUUGCGGACGAACAAGCCGGCGGCUAACUUGCGGACGAACAAGCCGGCGGCUAACUUGCGGACGAACAAGCCGGCGGCUAACUUGCGGACGAACAAGCCGGCGGCUAACUUGCUGACGAACAAGCCGGCGGCUAACUUGCGGAAGAGCAAGGGGCUAGUCUGAAAUUCUGAAGAAUUCCAGAAAUGUUCCUGGAAAAACUUGUGUUGUUAACGUGGCUCACAUUUAAAGUUAAAACAGCUAGUUUUUAAUGUUAAGCAGUUCACAAUUAUUGUUAUAGUGGCUAACUUUUAAUGUUAAAGCAGCUAACUCUUAAGGUACGUAUAAUGCAGUUAGCUGUUAAAGUCAAUGCUGCUAAAUUGCGGCGUGCAAGGGGCUAACUUGCGGCGUGCAAGUGGUGGCUAACUUGCGGCGUGCAAGUGGUGGCUAACUUGCGACGA